UUUCUUUUCGAGCUCUUUUGUGGCGCAAGCGCGCGAUUGGCCCCAGUCGUGUUCGUCUGCUCUCCUGCUGUCCGGUCCUCCUCGCCUUCCUUCGUCUGAGCCGUAUUUCACUGAACUAGCAAAGUAACGCGACCCUUAGAAAUGGCAAACGCAGGACCGUCGACGACCCCCAUGGAGACAGAUGUGCCGGUGGACAACAUGACUUCACGAGACUACUAUGCGGACUCGUACGCGCACUUCGGUAUUCACGAAGAGAUGUUGAAGGACAGCGUACGAACGGGAUCGUAUCGCAACGCGAUCAUCAACAACGCGCACCUGUUCAAGGGCAAAACUGUUCUCGAUGUUGGCUGUGGAACCGGGAUCCUGAGCAUGUUCGCCGCCAAGGCAGGCGCAAAACACGUCGUCGGAAUCGAUAUGUCCAACAUCAUCGAUCAGGCAGUUAAAAUCAUUGAGGCCAACGGCUUCAAGGACACGAUCACACUCGUGAAGGGCAAGCUCGAGGACGUCCCGCUACCCAUCCAAGAAUUCGACAUCAUCAUCUCCGAAUGGAUGGGCUACUUCCUGCUUUACGAGUCCAUGCUCGAUACCGUGCUGCUCGCACGUGACCGUUACCUCAAAUCAGACGGGCUCAUCUUCCCGGACACUGCGACGCUGUACAUCGCUGCGAUCGAGGAUGCGGACUACAAGGAAGAGAAGAUCAACUUCUGGGACAACGUGUAUGGGUUUGACUACUCGUGUAUCAAGGACAUCGCGUUGCGGGAGCCUCUUGUGGAUACAGUCGAUCUCAAGGCAGUCGUCACAGACCCUUGCCUUGUGAAGCACAUCGACCUGCGCACGGCAAAGAAGGAGGACCUGACAUUCACAGCACCGUUCUCACUGAACCCGACCCGAGACGACUAUGCCCACGCUUUCCUCGCCUGGUUCGACAUCUCCUUCGAGUGCACCCACACAAAAGUCAAGUUCUCAACUGGGCCGCAUGCCAAAUACACUCACUGGAAGCAAACUGUAUUCUACACGCCUGAAACGCUCACUGUAUUCCAAGGACGGCCGGUCAAGGGCCAUCUGUGGUGCGCACCGAACGCACGCAACCCGCGCGACCUCGACAUCACGAUCGCAUACCAGACCAACGACGAGCCGGAGAUUAGCGUACACUACAAAAUGUCCUAAUUUACUGCAUUGCCCUGCGCUGGAUUUGGCGUGCAUAAUGAUGACUGCCGCGGCUGUGUAUUAUUCGCCUGCAGGUAUUAGACGAUUGUAUCUCUUUUGGACUCCGUGUGCCACGAUGGUUAGAUGUUGCAAUAAUGUGUGUUCCAGUAUUGAUCUUGCGCAUGGCCUCGAUGCGGGGCCUACUUCUGUGUCUGUUGGCAACCUGCAAAUGAGAGGGCAAGGUCGCACGAACAAAGCUUGUUUGAGAGGCAUCUGAGAGGCGCUCCUCAGCCUGCCAUCGUGCAUCAUGCAACCGAAGUAGGCUAGAUGC